CAUACGAGAGCCGAGCUCUGCAAGUAGCCGUAGUAGUACGUAGUAGUCAGUGGCUGCAGGAGCUGUCGCGAUGCUGUUCCUCGUGGGCGUGGCGUGCGCCGCGCUGCUCGCCGCCGGCACGGCCGAGGCGGGCUACCUGGGCAAGGAGGUCGGGGCGCUGUCGCAGCUGCACCACGCGGUGCGCGGGCGCGUGUACGCGGUGGACUCGCGCACGCUCUACUUGCACGACUUCCACUACGAUGGAGAAGGACCUGCUGCAUACUUCUACGUGGGAACGUCGAAGACGCCGAGCGCGGCGGGCGCGCUGCGGCUGCGCGACGAGCGCGGCGGCGGCGCGCCGCUGCGGCGCUACCGCGGCGAGAGCGUCACGCUGUCGCUGCCCGAGGGCAAGACGCUGCGCGACGUCGCGUGGUUCUCCGUCUGGUGCGACGAGUACUCUAUCAACUUCGGCUCGGUGGAGAUCCCGCGCAGCCUGGAGUUCCCCAAGCCGGCCAAGGUCGGCGCGCUGCGCGGCGUGCACGGCGUGUCCUCCGACCCCAUCGUGGUGGUGGACGCGCAGACGCUGCUCGUGCCCAACUUCUCCUACGAUGGAGAGGCUCCUGAUGCCAAGUUCUGGGUGGGGCGAGGAGACAAGCCUUCCCCCCAGGGCAUCCGCAUCCCUGACGAGAACGGCAAGGAGACCCCGCUGCGGAAGUAUGACAGGAAGACCAUCGUACUGACGCUGCCUGGAGAGCUGACAGUGUUCGACAUCGGGCACUUCGCGGUGUGGUGCGAGGCCUUCACCGUCAACUUCGGCCACGUGGUGCUCCCGCGCGCCGCGCUCGCGAACGUCCCGCCCAGCCUCAAGAUGCUCGGCGUUUCUCCGCAGUCCAAGCUGAACUGCGAGGUGCUCCAGGACGACCUGGCGUUCGAGGUGCGCUGGGCCAUCGCUGGCGACAGCAUCGUUCUACAGCUGGUAGCCAAACUUGAGGAUGGUGAAUACAUGUCGUUCGGUAUCUCUGGUAGUCCGGAGCACUCGCAGAUGGUGGGCGGCGACGUGGCGGUGGGCUGGGUGGACAAGACCACGCUCAAGGGCUACGCUGAGGACUACUACCUGGAUGCCAAGAGUCAGUGCGCCGGAGUGCACGGCUCUUGUCCUGAUGAAAGACUUGCGGAAGGUACCAACUCAGUGCGCAUGCUGAACGCAGCGCUCGUGAACGGCUACUCCAUCGUGACGUACCAGCGCCCCCUGAAGGCGGCCGACCACCUGGACCUGGCCGUGCUCACCAACGCCACGCAGCCCAUCAUCUGGGCGAUCGGACCCCUCAACUCCAAGCAGGAAGUGUCUUACCAUCAGCACUUUACCAAGGGCGACAAAUUCAUCGAGUUCGGAAGACCACCGCUGUGGAACUGCCCCAUGCCGGAAGAAGAGGAGCACAAAGCGCCAGAAGUACACCGGGUCACUCCCACCAGACCGGCCGCCCAGGAAAAUGCAGCGAUCAUCAGACCGAACCCGGUGCCCACGCCGAAGCCCGCGCCCCGCGUCAAGCCGUGGGACAUCCCCGGCAUCCAGUGCUACGAGCCUCCGGAUGGUGUGUUCUACGCGCAGAUGGGGCCCACCGGUGGGAAGCAGGGCUACCCCGCUAUCACUGGUCACGUAGGCUGGGGCAUAUCCUGGUACAUCAACGGUCUGCUGAUCCCCGAGGUCACCGUGGUUCGCGGCAAGAAGUACACCUUCGUGGUGGAAGGCGGCUCCGACCCCGAGGUGCCGGCGCGCUACCAUCCCUUCUACAUCACCAACGACCCCGUGGGAGGUUACCACCAUAAGAGUGACGCAGAAAAGAAGGGUAUAGAAAUCUAUGCUGGAGUACGACGCACGCGCUCCGGAGAGUUGAUCCCCACCGGAGUGGGUCGCCUCUGCAACUGGACCCCUGACCAGAAUGGUCCUGAAGCUGAUGAGUACCCCAGCUUCGGAGCUUACCAGAGAUCCCUGACCCUCGUGUGUGAGGAAGGCAACCCAGGAGUAGUCACUUGGACCCCCGACAGGAACACCCCGGACACUGUUUAUUAUCAGUGUUUCACUCACCGCCAUCUCGGAUGGAAAAUAAACGUGGUAGACGAAUGUGACAUUACAGAAGCGGAAGAGAGUAGAGUCGUUGAGACCUUAGAUCUUCCCGAAGAUCUAGCCAGCGAAGAAUCUAUACAGGUACAGAACCGUGUGAAACCAGAUGUAAACUUUUUAAAUCAACGCCAAAAAGUUGAGAAAAUAAUCAAUACGAAACAAAAUUAUAACGAUUUCAGUAGCAAUAAAGGUGACGGCGGCCUCGCGGGGGAAAUAUAUCCGGAACCACCAAGAAACAUCUAUCCCGGCGAGCAAGAGUAUGAAUUGCCAAUAACCAAAGUACAAAUCAAAAAAGUCAUCGAAGCAGUGGAAAGCUUGGAAGAACAUAUGAAAGAAGAAAUGAAAAGAAAUGCAACGAAUCCACCGAAGUUAUCACAAUACCAAGUACAUGAAGAUGUCAAGGAGCUGUUCGUGCCGGAACAACCGAUAAGAGAAGGAGACGAAUAUGUGGUUGAUGUGGCGAAGCUACCGGAGAGCUUCCUGUUGCCACCCAAUUUGAAGCCUCAGACCUUACACAACGUUCUACGUCCUAAUUCCCCGAACAAACCCAUGGGAAAUAUGCGACCACCAUUCCGGAGACCUGCACCUCCUGAGAUAAAGUUACGGAGACCUUACCCGAUGCAUCAAAUAGGAAAUAACCCUUAUCCUCUGCCAAUGCCUAAUCCGCAUGGACCUUAUGGGGGAUCAAAGAAACCAAACAAAUAUCCUAAUAAUCGCCCUCCACCGAACAUGAAUAGGCCUCCACAGAAUAAUAUUCCACCUAUGAAAGCAAUGCCACCUCUUCAUCCACCGAAAAAUAUUAUGAAUCGUGGGCCUCCGAAGCAUACACAAAAACUACCUUACCAACAAGGACAGCCGAUUAUAAUGGGUAAACCAAAUCAAAACAUUGGAGUGCCAUCUCAAAGUCAGACUUUGAGUUUGGGUCACACUGACUUAAUUGCUAAUCAAGUAGUGAAAAGUCAAAUAACUCUACCCGGAGCCAAUGAACCAGUAGCCCAGCAAAGUGCUCCUCCCGUGUAUUUCAAUAAGCCAGGGCAAAUCAUAUUAGGGAAACCUAUGGAUCAUCCAUUACCGUUAGAUCAGCAAAUGAUACCAAACAAACAACAUAUGAUUCAUACGGUACGAGUAAGUUCUACUCCAUUGUCCGAAAUUUUCCUCCAUUCAUCGACCACACGCCCCAAACAGAAUGAAAAUACUUACAUCCAUCCGCAAACUGAUAUAAAGUCAUCUGACUUUAUUGGCCAAUCAACUGACUCUUCAACAUUUACACCUGCAGUCAAUACAGGUUUUAAACCAGACUCUAUUGUAAUUGAAAGUGGUUUCAAACCUAUAAUUCGGGAGCCUUUGAUGGCCGGUGUGGACAAAAUAGCAGAUUAUCAAGGAAACAACGUAAACAGAAGAGAAGAUACAGACGUCGAGGAAGAUUAUGAUGAAAAUCCUCAAUAUAUUAACACUAAUCAUGCUUAUUCUAGUGAUAAAAUAACUGAAACAUUUGAGCCAAUGUUCAUACCUUCUCCUGAAGAUCACUUGCUAUCGAACGAUGAUAAAACUAAGGAAGUAUUCCCUAAAAAUCAUGCCAGGGAAGAUAGACCGCAUCCAGUAUAUGUGAAAACUCAAAAUGAAUUGAACGCUCUAUUUGGUAAAAAAAAUAUGAAUCGCGAUGUUCCGAGCGAUAUGAUGAUGGAAUCAGACAAAGUGAGUCCGCAGUAUUUACCGCCCGCUUCAAAAAACUCUAAAGAACAUGCACAGAAAUUAACAUCAGAACAAACAUUCACAACUUACGACGGAAAAACUGUUUCGGCUGCAUCCUUAACCAGUGUACCAGAAGUAAAAACUAGUCCUAAAAUAUUUUCUUCUAAACUCCCGGCAAAUACAGAACUGCUUCUCAAGACGCCACAGUUUGGACCUUUUAAAGGGGAAAUCCCACCAGUUAUUGCGGAACAUAUUAAGAAAGAUACAACAAGCGUUCCUGCGCCCGUAUAUAAAGAUACAAGAACAACUCAUUUAAAACUUGUACAGUUCUUACGUAAACCGGACUCACCUCCAGUAGAUGACUUGAAAUCGGAAGCAAGUGAGAUAACAGAGGAAAAAGUGGAGAAGGAAUCUAAAAAUGAUGAUGAUGAUGAUGACGAUGAGGAAGAAGAAGAAUACGAAGAGGACGGGGAAGAAGAAAAUAGAAGACGUCGCAAAAGAGACACGAAAGCAGCACAAUUUGAAAGAGAUAUUGCACACGAAGAAACAACAGUUACAAGUAAAAAAGAAGAUGAAUCCAUUAACCACAUAGAGUUUGAUCUCACAAAAUCUGCUCCCAGAGCUACGAGUUAUCUGUCAAAGUAUUUGCUGAUUACUACAUUCUUGCUAAAGUUCUUUUAAAUUUCACUAAGACUAUUUAUUAAUUUAUUUAUUGGAUUAAAUUAUUGUGCCUUGCCAUUGACUGCAUUUGGUUGAUUAUAAUACGAGUAAAUAGUAUUGUAUGUAAGUAUUUUAGCUGUGGGUGUCAAAAGUCCUCGCAUUCGGCUGCUUCUUGACUCAAACCUCACUGUUACCACUUUUAUAUUCGUAAUGCAAUUCGAUACUCUGUUAGAUUUAAGGUUUUGUAAAUAUUUUUUUAUUUUUAAUAAUAAAACUAGUGUAAAAUUUU